AUGAAUCAGGAAAUUUCAGAUAAAGAUAAAUCAAUUGAAGAAAUCACAGAAAGAGUCAACAAACUUGAAGAAGAAAACAAAACAAAGAAUUCACAGAUUGACGAAAUGAAAGAACAAAUUUCAUCAAUUACAACAAACGAAGAAACAGCAAUUUCUACACUUAACACGCAACUUAACAACAAAAACAACGAAAUUGACUUACUUCAUCAACAACUUCAAUCUAAAGAAACAGAAAUUUCCAAAUUGACAGAAAAUGUUUCAGAACGAGAAAAAUCAUUCACUGAACUACAAGAACAACUUGAAAAAGCAAAGCAAGAACAUGAAGAAACAAUUUCAGAAAUCAAACUCAAACUUGAAUCUAAAGAUAACGAAAUCAACGAACUUAAUUCAACUCUUUCCCAAAUUCGAUCUGAACUUGAACAAACUAACAAACAAAACACCGAAUUAACUGAAACAUUAUCUCAGAAAGAAUCAAAUAUAAAUGAAAUUAAUGAUAAUUUAUCAAAACUUAGAGAAGAAAUUUCAGAGAAAGAGAAAACAAUUAAUGAAAAAUCAUCAAAGAUUGAAGAAUUAAAUCAACAAAUAUCAGAAAAAGAUAAUUCAUUGAAAGAAAUGACAGAGAAAAUAAAUAAUCUCGAAGAAGAAAACAAACAAAAGAAUUCUAGAAUUGAGGAAUUGCAACAACAACUUGAGUCAUUGCGAAAUGAUGAUGAAAAUAGAAUCAACAAUUUAUAUGAAGAACUUUCACAGAAAGAAUCAAAGAUCAAUGAAUUAAAUGAACUUAUGAUGCAGCAACAAACAGGAAAAGAAACAAUUCUUUCACAACUAAAUGAACAAAUCAAAGAAAAAGAUUCUAAAAUUGGAGAAUUGGAAGAGAAUGUUUCUAAAUUAGAAUCAGAAAUCAGUCAGAAAGAAUCAAAUAUCAAUGAACUUUCUUCACAAGUUUCUGAGAAAGAUAAAAUGGUUAAUGAUAUUUCAGAAGAAAAGAAUGAACUUCAAAAACAAUUGAGUGAUCAAAAUUCUAUGAUUGAUGAACUUAAUGAACAAAUCAAAGAAUUAACAGAUAAUCUUUCUAAAUCUACAACGGAGUCCACAGAAAAAGAUUCAAAGAAUCAAGAACUUAUUUCAGAGAAAGAAACAGAAAUUUCACAUCUGAAAGAAGAAAUUUCAAAAUUGACAGAACAGCACGGAGAGAAAGACAAACUGAUUCAAGAACUCACAGAACAAAUACAAACACAAGAUAUAAAUCUUAAACAAAAAGAUUCAAACAUUUCCGAACUUCAAGUACUUGUUUCUCAGAAAGAAACUGAACUUUCAGAGAAAGAUAACUCAAUCAACGAAUUUAUUCAUAAAUUAGAAGAAAAAGAUUUACAAAUCAAAGAAUUGAAUGAACAGCUUAAUAAUAAAGAAUCACAAAUCAACGAACUCAACGCACAGAUUUCAGAUAAAGAAAAUUCAUUGCAAGAAAUUACAGAUAAAGUUCACACUCUUGAAGAAACAGUUCAAAACAAAGAAACAGAAAUCAACCAAAAGAAUGAAGAACUUUCAGAAAGAGAAACUAAAAUCAAUGAACUCAACGAAAUCAUUUCACAGAAAGAUUCAGAAAUUCAACAGAAGAAUGAAGAAAUUUCAUCAAAUAAUUCAAAGAUUGACGAAUUAAAUCAACAAAUUUCAAACAAAGAAAAUUCAUUGCAAGAACUCACAGAUAAAGUUCACAGUCUUGAAACAAAGAACUCCGAACAAGAAACUCAGAUUGAUGAACUUACUAAACUUGUUUCAGAAAAAGAAGAAGAAAACAACAAACUUCAAGAAACAAUUCAAACAAAAGAAACAGAAAUCAAAGAUAAACAAUCAAAGGUUGACGAAAUGAAUCAGGAAAUUUCAGAUAAAGAUAAAUCAAUUGAGGAAAUCACAGAAAGAGUCAACAAACUUGAAGAAGAAAACAAAACAAAGAAUUCGCAGAUUGACGAAAUGAAAGAACAAAUUUCAUCAAUUACAACAAACGAAGAAACAGCAAUUUCUACACUUAACACGCAACUUAACAACAAGAACAACGAAAUUGACUUACUUCAUCAACAACUUCAAUCUAAAGAAACAGAAAACGAAAAAGCAAUUAAUGAAUUGAAUGACAAGCUCAACAAAUUAUAUGAAGAAAUUGCAAACAAGAACACAAAUAUCACUGAACUCAAUGAACAAAUUUCAAGCAAGAAUCAGGAAAUUGUUGACAGAGAUAAUAAACUUCAGUCCCUUGGCACAGAAUUAAACCAAAAGAAUGAAGAAAUCAAAGAAAAAGAUUCAAAGAUUGGAGAAUUUAAUGAUUUGGUUUCGAAGAAAGAUUCAGAAAUCAAUCAACUUCAAGAAGAAAUUGCAGAUAUUUCUUCGAAGAUUGAAGAAUUAAACAAUGAAAUUGCAACUAAAGAUGCAAGCAUUUUAGAGUUAAACAACAAGAUUGCAGAAAAAGAUUUGAAGAUCAAAAGUUUAGAUGAAGAAAAAAGUUCUCUUCAAUCAAAACCUGCAGAGAAAGAAAACGACAUUUCAGAUCUUCUUGUUAAAUACGAUGAAAAAUGCAGUGAAAUUGAAGCUGUUCAAUCAGAACUUGCAAAGAAAGAUAAAGAAAACAAGGAGUUUGAGGAAUUAAUGAGCCAAGCAAUUUCAGAGAAAGAUGAAGAAAUUUCUAAAUCUAAAAAUGGAAUUUCUUCAUUGCAAGAAAAAUUGGCUGAGAAAGAAAAAGAAAUUAAUUCAAAGAAUGAAGCAAAUACAGCGGAAAAAGAAGAGAAUUCUAAAUUGAUUUCACAAAGAGAUGAAGAAAUCUCUAAUCUCAAUAAAUCAAUUGAUGAAUUGCGUAAAGAAAUCUCUACUAAAGAUGAAACGAUUUCUCAAUUUGAAUCAAAGAUAAAUGAGUUAAUUGAAGAAAUUUCUAAGAAAGAAUUAACAAUCAAUGAAAAAGAAACAAAGAUUGCAGAGCUCAAUGAGCAAAUCACUCAGAAAGAAAAUGAAAUCAAUGGCCUUAAAGAAGCAGAGAAAGUGAUGGAAACAAAGAUUUCUGAAAUUGAAUCUCAACUCACAGAGAAAGAAAAAUCAAUUAAUGAACUUGAAGAAACAGUUCAAAACAAAGAAACAGAAAUCAACCAAAAGAAUGAAGAACUUUCAGAAAGAGAAACUAAAAUCAAUGAACUCAACGAAAUCAUUUCACAGAAAGAUUCAGAAAUUCAACAGAAGAAUGAAGAAAUUUCAUCAAAUAAUUCAAAGAUUGACGAAUUAAAUCAACAAAUUUCAAACAAAGAAAAUUCAUUGCAAGAACUCACAGAUAAAGUUCACAGUCUUGAAACAAAGAACUCCGAACAAGAAACUCAGAUUGAGGAACUUACUAAACUUGUUUCAGAAAAAGAAGAAGAAAACAACAAACUUCAAGAAACAAUUCAAACAAAAGAAACAGAAAUCAAAGAUAAACAAUCAAAGGUUGACGAAAUGAAUCAGGAAAUUUCAGAUAAAGAUAAAUCAAUUGAAGAAAUUACUGAAAGAGUCAACAAACUUGAAGAAGAAAACAAAACAAAGAAUUCGCAGAUUGACGAAAUGAAAGAACAAAUUUCAUCAAUUACAACAAACGAAGAAACAGCAAUUUCUACACUUAACACGCAACUUAACAACAAAAACAACGAAAUUGACUUACUUCAUCAACAACUUCAAUCUAAAGAAACAGAAAUUAAACAACUCAAUGAAGAAAUUUCUGAAAGAAACAAUGCACUUCAAACAAAGGAAACAGAAAUUAAAGAGAAAGAAUUGAAGAUUAACGAACUAAAUGAUAUUAUUUCGAAGAAGGAAGAAGAAAAAGCAGAGAAAGAAAGUUUGUUGAAUGAAAACAUCAACAAAUUAAAUACAGAAAGAGAAUCGCAAAUAAAUGAACUCUCAGAAAAACUUCUCAAACUCGAAGAGCAGCUCAAACAAGAGACUUUAUCCAAUGAAGACAUGAAGCAAACUAAUACAUCACUCAGCCAAAAGAUUGAUGAAAUGGCUUUUCAAUUAUCAGAUAAAACAUCCCAAUUGCAAGAAUUGAACCAACAAAUCACCGUUCUUUCUUCUCAAAUCUCUGAUAAAGACAAAACAGUCAAUGAUCUUCAAGAAGAAAUCAAAGAAAAGAGUGUACAAAAUGAAGAAAAUUCAAGGAUUAUCAAUGAUUUGAAGGAAUUCAUCAAACAAUAUGAUGAAGACAUCAAAUCUAAAGAUGAAAAGAUUAAAUCAAUUGAGCAAGAAAAAGAUGCCAAAAUCAAUGAAAUCAAGGCUGAACUUGAAACUAAAGAAACAGAGAACUCUCAGUUGUUUGGAAACAUUAGCGAGCUUCAGAACAUGUUGUCAUCACGUGACAGUGAAUAUGAAACUGUUUGCAGCGACAACAACAAGCUUAAGCAAGAAAUCGAAGCUCUUAAAUCAUCUCUUUCUGAGAAGGAAAAUGAUUUUGCAAGUAUUUUAAGUAAAUAUGAUGAAGAAGUUUCAAAUCACAACAAAGAAGUUGAAGAGCUUACAAAGAAAGAUGAAGAAAACAAACAACAAGUCGAUGAGAAAGAAAAUGAGAUUUCAAAUCUGAAGAAAGAAAUUGAAAAUCUCAAAUCUUCUCUCAAUGAAAAAGACAACGAAAUAUCUCAGAAUUCACAAGCAAUUGACGACUCAUCCAAGCAUGUCCAGGAACUUCAACAUCAAUUUGAUGAAGAUCUAAAGCAGAAACAAGAAGAAAUCAGUGCUAAAGAUGAAGAACUUUCUAAUUUGAAGAAAGUUCUCGAAGAAGAGAAAUCUGAAAUUACUUCAUCCCUCCAAGAAAAGGACGAAUUAAUCAAGCAAAAAGAAGAAGAAAUCAGCAAUCUUAACUCAGUAAUUCAAGAGAAAGAGAAAGUAAUUGCAUCAUUACAAGGCAAAGUAAAUGAUGAAAACAAUGAAGUCAAUGCCAAAGAAGCAGAAAUAGUCUCUUUGAAUGAAAUCCAAAAGAAGAAAGAGGAAGAAAUUUCAUCAUUACAAGAAAAACUUAAUUCUACAAUUGCUGAGAAAGAAAAAGAAAUAUCUGAGCUUCAAUCAUCAAUAAAUGAUAAAGACAAAGAAAUUUCUUCAUUGCAAGAGAAAGUCAAUAUAGAAAACAAUGAUGUCAAUACUAAAGAAACUGAAAUUUCAUCUCUUAAUGAUCAGUUAAAGCAAAAAGACGAAGAAAUCAACAACCUCAAAUCAGAAAUUAAAGAGAAAUUUGAAGAACUUUCUAAAUUACAAUCAUUAGUAAAUGAAAAUGAACAAGUAAUUGUUUCAUUACAAGAGAAAGUUAAUAGUGAUGAAAUCAAUAAAGAAAAUGAAUUGAAGAUGAAAGAAGAAGAAAUUUCAAAUCUGAAUGGUUCAAUUCAAGAAAAAGAGAAAGAAAUUUCUUUGUUGAAAGAGAAUUUCAACAACUCUUUAGCACAAAAAGAUGAAGAAAUUUCGAAUUUGAAGAAAGUUCUCGAAGAAGAGAAAUCAGGAAUUACUUCAUCACUUCAAGAGCAAAUUUCUAAACUUCAGUCGGAAAUCAAAGAAAGAGAUGAGAUCCAAAAGAAGAAAGAGGAAGAAAUCCAAACCCUUUCAAAUGAAAAAUUGGAGUUGUUGAAACAGAAAGAAGAAGAAAUCAAUGUUCUCAACAGCAAACUUAAUGAAAGUGUUGAAUUGCUUAAACAAAAAGAAGGAGAUAACGAAAAUAAUGAUAAGAUAAGCGAAAUCAGACAACAAAAAGAGAAAGAAAUUUCUGAAUUACAGUCAGAAAUCAAUUCUCUGAAGAACGAAUUAUCUGCAAACAAGGAAGAAAUGGAGAAGCUUAAUGAAACAAUCAAAGAAAGAGAUGAAGAAAUCUCUUCAAUCAAGCAGAAAGCAGAUGAUGACAAAUCAGAAGUCAACUCAAUAAGUAACAUUCUUUCCGACAUCAAGCAGAAACUUUCCAAUCAAACGCAAGAAUCAAUCAAAGAAGGAAGAGUUUUCUCCAAAGAAAGAGAAGUUCCGGACGAAGAAACAAACAUCAGUCAGUUGGAUUACUCUCCAAUCAAAUCCAAACCAUCAGAAGUUGUCAAAUCAAGAGAAGUCAUCGAAUUAGUUGAUGAAGACGAAGGAAAUGAAACAAAUGACAUCAGAAGCACUGUUGAAUACUUGAGUGAAACAAUCGAUGAAAUGCAGGCAAACAUCGAAGAACUGAAGAAGGAAAACGCAAAGAAAUCUCAAGAAAAACAAUCUCUUAUCUACCAAAAUCAACAGCUCAGAAUCCUCCUUGAUUCUGCUGAAAUAGAAAUGAAUAAGAAAUCCCAAGGUAUGAUGACGAUGAUGAAUGAUAAAAACGGUUUAAUUGAAAAUCUUACAAAAGAACUUCAAACCACUAGAUCACAGUUAAAUGACAUCAAACAACAAGCUGUGUAUCAGAUGCAACAACAGAAGUCAUUCGAUGAUCAAGAAAUCCAAAGAUUAAAUGGUUUGAUUUCACAAAAAUUGUCAGAAAACGAGCAAAUGAGACAGCAAUUUAAUUUGCAAGCAGAUGCAAUGAACAAGACAAUACAAGAGAAGGAUGAGAUGAUAAACCAGAUAAAGACAAGAGCAAACAAACUUUUGAAUGAGAAAUUAAACGAAAAUUCCAACUUGCAAAAUCUCCAGAAAGAAAAUGAAGAAAAAUUGUCUCAGAAAGAAAAUGAACUUAAUCAGAUCAAAUCUCAACUAAAUACAGUUAUUCAAAAUGCUCAGAGCCAAAUCAGUGCUUUGCAGAAUGAAAAGAUAGCAAUCGAAAACAAGAUGAAGCAACAAGAAGAUUUGAUUCAGAACAUGAAGUUGGCGAAUGAAAGUUCUGAACAGAGUUUGUCGCUUCUUGAAGGAGAAAACAGUAAAUUGGAGCAGAUUUGCGCUAAUUUGAAGAAGUCGAAGGAAGAAGAAAUAGAGAAAAUGAAAGCUAUGUUUAAUGAGUAUAAGGUCAAAGUGAUGCAAGACAGAACUGAAAUUUUGUCUCAGAACGAACAGUUGAAACAAAAUUACAUAAGUUUGCAGAAUGAAUUAGCUUCAUCUCGCAACAAUUUGAGUGAAAUUAAUUCUCUUCAAUCUAAAGUAAAUGAUUUACAAAAUGAGAACUCGAACAUUAAGAGCAAAGCCAAUUCGAUGCUUUCUUCAAUGCAACAAAAGAUCAAUGAACUUCAGACAGAAAAUAUAAAUCUGAAGAACAAUCAGUCUCAGUUGAAUGAACUACAGAACAGCAACAAUUCACUUCAGACUAAACUGAAUGAAUUAGAGAAAGAAAAUGAAACAAAGAAUUCCGAGAUUUCAUCACUUCAACAGAAGUUGAAUGAAUUACAGAACGAUAACACUACUAUCAAGAACAAAGCUAAUUCCAUUCUUAAUUCAUUAAACAAUCAACUGAAAGAAAGUCAAACUAAAUUGAAUGAAUUACAGAACGAAAACACAUCAAUCAAAACACUUGAAACACAAAUUCAUUCUCUUCAAACCGAAAACGAAACAAUCAAAUCUCAAUCCCAAGAAACCAUUAAUUCUCUCAAUUCAAGGAUUUCUGAAUUACAGAACCAAAUCCAAGAAAUAUCUCAACUUCAAUCUGAAUUAAAUGACUUAAAGACAGAAAAUCAAUCUUUGCAUGAAAAGAUUUCUGAAUUGACUAAUUCAUAUAACUCGAAGAUUUCUGAAUUGCAGAUCGAAAACCAGGAGAUUCUUUCAUCCAAAGAACAAAUUUCUCAGUCUAAAUUAAGUGAAUUGCAAAAUGAAAACCAGUCAUUGAAAUUACAAAUUUCUGAAAAAGAAGAAGAAAACGAAAAACUGAUGAAUUCUAAUUCUGAACUAAUGAAUCAAAUAGACCUAGUUAAAGAAGAUACGAAGAAAGAAAUUUCUCAUUUGCAGGCAACAAUCAACGAAAAACAAACUAAAAUUGAUGGACUCAAUUCACAAAUUUCACAAAAUGAAGAAGAACGCAUAGGAAAACUUGAAUCUCUCCAAUCUACAAUUGACGAAGAUAAGUCACAAAUUGAAAUUUUAGAGCAAAAAGUUUCUGAUUUAGAAUCGAAAUUAGAGAAUUUGCAGAAACACUAUUCUGAGAUAGAAACAAAGAAUUCUCAGUACGAAAACUUUAUUUCCAAAGCAAGAGUUGCAUUCAACGAAAACAAAGCUAAAAUCAGUCAACUCGAAACAGAAAACAACUCUUUGAAAGAGAAAGUUGUUAAUUACGAAAACGCGAUUUCUUCAAAUGAUUCUCAAUUGAAGAAUUUCAUUUCUCAGAUGAAAGAAGAGAAUUCUAAACUCGAAGAAGAGAAAUCUCAGUUGAUUAAAGAGAACCAGAGAAUUCCUCAACUAGAAGAAGAAAACAAACAAUUUGCAAAUCAACUUUCUAAGUUUAAUGAGAAAUUGACUCAAAUUGACAGAGAAACAGAAGAAGAAAAGACCAAACUUUUGACAGAGAAAUCCAAUUUGGAAGAAGAAAUUAAACAACUGAAACAACAGAAUGAAGAAAUUAAUAACGAAAAAGUCCAAUUAGAAGAACAAUUUAGCAAUGCAAAAUCUAAAUUGGCUGAAGAAAUCAAUCAAAUCAAGAAACCAAAUGAGGAAAUUAAUAACGAUCAAUCCAAUAAAGAAGAAGAGAAAUCUAAACUUCGAGAACAAAUCAAUGAAUUCUUAAAUGAAAGAACACAUUUGCAAGAACAAAUUCAUCAGAUUUCGAAUGAGAAAUCUCAAUUACAAGAAGAACUAAAUGAAGUUAAGAAACAAAAUGAGAAAAUUAAUGAAGAAAUUCAGUUGCUAAAUAAUGAUAAAUCUCAAUUGCAAGAAGAUAAAUCUGCUCUAGAAGAAGUUCUCAAACAAAUGGAGCAACAAAAUGAUCAGUCAAGUACCGAAGAAAUGAAAUCAAAUUACGAAAAACAAAUCAAUGAUUUGCAAUCUAAAGUUUCUGAAUUGGAAAACAAAUUAAUUUCCCAAACAGAAGAGAAAUCGCAAAUUGCAAACCUUGAAUCUGUAAUUGAGAAACUUAGAAACGAAAACAAAAACAUUGAAGAAGAGAAAUUGAAGUUUGAGAAACAAGUCAAAGAUUUGCAAACAAAUGCAGAAACAAACGACCAGAGAGAAGACAAAAUCACAGAACUCAAACUCAGAAAUGCUGAGUUGCAGCAACAAAUGAAAGAUUACCAGAACAAUUCCCAAAUAAAUCUACUCCAGAACCAAAUCAAAGAUCUCCAGAGCCAAAUUUCAGCACAAAAACAAAAGUAUGAAGAACAAAUCAAUUCUCAAACGAAGAAUGAAGAAGAAGACGAAGGUAUUGAAGUCGUAAACAGAGAUAUCAAUCUUGACGAAGGAGAAAAAGAUGAUUUCCAGAAACUCAAAGAAGAAAAUGAACAAUUGAAGAAGAAGAUUUCUGAUUUGGAAACUAAAUUAAAUAGUUAUGUCAAUGAAAACGCGAUUUUACAACAAAAGAUCGCUGAACUCGGAGGAGAUAUCGAUGUUUCCAUUGACUACGGAUCAGAUAAAGAUGCAAUCAUUGCUAAACUUAGAAUCUUGCUGCAGAGAGCUCUGAGAUUGGACAAGAAGAGAGUGAAAACAAUCGAAGACUUGGAAGAGAAAAUCAAGUCAUUCGGAGUUUCAGUUCAUAACUCUUCCUACGAAGCUCAAUUGGAAGAGCAGAUCAAAGAACUCAAGCAGAAGAUAGAAAACAACGAAGCAAGUGAUGAUUUGAUACAAAAGAACGAAUCAUUGAAGAAGAUGGUUCAGAAGUCGAACACUUUAUACGGUCAGUUGAUGGAAGAGAAUCAACAGUUGAUAAAGACAUUGAAGUCUUACAAGGCUAAAUCUGAUUCAGGCAGCAGUCCAAAGAAGCCAACAAGAGUACAGCUGAAGAUUGUUUCCACAAAUGAAACAGAAAUCGAAGAAAUUGUUACUCCAUCGCAGACAAAUAGAAAUGAUCAGUCGAAUGUGAUGGACAGAUAUCUUAGAAGGUCUUUGUUGCAAUUCUUCUUACAGGAUGAAGAUAAAAGAGAGCCACUGAUUCCAAUGAUUUUGGAUUUGGUUGGCUGCACAAGAGAGCAAAUUGAUGCUGCCCAGAAACAUUACUCUGCAACAAGACGCUCAGGAUUCUUCAGCUUCCUUUAA